AUUUGAGCCCGUGUGCCGGCGCAGCUUCCCCGGCUUUCACAACUUCAGCACGGCGAUGCUAUCAGAAAAAGUGCAUUAUCGGCAAGUUACACGCGGGAAACACUAGAUUUCUCAUCUUUAUUUUUUUUUAAAAAAAAGUUGACGAUCUCAAUUAUUUUCAAACAAUUUCGGAUGUUGUAACAUUAGCGAAACAAUUUCCCUUCUCGGUGUUUGCUGCUCGGAGACAGGAGGAUAUUUUUGAUGGCGUCUCAACAGUCUAGAAUUCAAUCCUAUUUGGAGAAAAACAAGAUUGGCCCCCUGUUCGAGGAAAUGAUGACAAAACUAAUAACAGAGACACCCGACAAGCCAAUUCCAUUUUUAAUAAGCCACCUGCAAAAUAAACAAGGAAGUCCCAGCCAGCUCCAAAGAACAUUUUCAGGCUCUGCUGCGCUCUGGGCUGAAACUGGUAAAAAAGGGUUGCAGCGAGAUUGUAGAGGUUACGAAAAACCAUGGCUUACAAAUGCUAAAAAGCCAAAAAAGUCAAAAAGUGACCUUGUAAUGUCCAACAUAUCACCAUCACCAGAAUCAAAAUCCUUACCAAGGUCAAUGGAACAUGCUGCUUGGGACUGGCAAAGAAAACCGGAAAGCCACAACUUUGAUGAACUGAAUCACAUCCUUCAGGAAAGCAAGAAGCUGGGCAAAGCCUUGGAAAACCUCUCACGCAGUAUUGGUGCUCCGGAUGAAUUUGAUCAGGACCUACGGGCUUAUAAUUCGUCCCUUGUCAGACCCCGAGUGGUUGGAGAAUGGGUUGGUCGUGAGGAAACCGAUGCUGAUCCUUUAGCUGCAGAGAUGCUACAGCCUCCCAUACCUAGAAUUAAGGAUGAAACCGAAGAGGCUCACAGCCCUGGAAGCUUGAAAUUGGAGCAGAAGAGUAAAGGCUUGAGACAACAGCAGCAACAGCAUAAGAAACUUUUAGCUGCCAUGCUGUCCCAGGAUUCCUUUGACUCUGUGCAUAGUGCAGCACCAUCCAUGGCUGAGGAAGACAUCGAAGCUGAGGAUGAUGCUAUGGAAUUACUGGAGGACCUGGAUGAUCUGAGGAUGGAGGGCAUUACUGAUCACGUGCCGUCUGGUAACAGGUUUAGCCAAGGUCGAAGCCUGUACUCUGCAGAGCCUCAAGCCAAAGUUACGCUCAACAUCUGCUCGAGGUGUGCCAGAUUCCAGGGAGAUAGUUUAAUGGAAGAAUCUGAUGAUGGAACACAGAUGUCGCAGUCCCCUGAACAGGCAGUCCCUAACCUCCAUGCAGCUUCUCCAUUGCUGGGGGUGGAAAGAGUGAUGCAAGAUGAAGAAGAAUUUGAGAGUGCUUCUCAAGUGUCAGGGACUCGCCAACCAUUCUGGGAAUCCUGUAUGUUGUCAAACCAAAGUGGAGCCUCCCUGAAUCAAAAGCAGUCAAAAGAUUCCUCAGCCUCAAAGGAAUUGCUAGCAGCGGAGAAGCAGCUCAAUGGUAUGCAGCCAUGAUGAAAGUCAAAGAUUUGAAAAGGAACUCAUCUCAUGCCAGGUAAGUCAAAGACUAUGCUUAAUAUUCUUCAGAAAUUUCCUCACAGUUAGGGGGCCCUCAGUAAUCUUCUCCUCUGCACUGAGCAAGAUCACUUAGUCCACACUUGCAGCAGAACCUCCCCUUCUGGAUUGUCAUUGGCCUCUUCCCGUUCCUGCGCAUCAUCACCGCUAAGACUACUUACAAUGACCAAUUACCCUACUAACCAAUACUAACCAAAGAUGGACUGUGUGAGGAAACAGGAGUACCCAGAGGAAACACGCUCUCCCUGUGAGAGUACGUACAAACCCCAUUACAGACAGCGCCAGAAUUGAACUCUGAGUUCUGGAACACCCUGAGCUGUAAUAGCAUUGUGCUAACCGCUACUCUACUGCGGCAAACUCAUCUCUAUCCAAUUUAUAGUGAGCUGAUGGCUUGCAGAUUUGAGAGCAGGCUUCAGGGUGAUUGAAGGCUGUGCCUCGGAAGGGAGGCCAGUGACUAGUGGUGUGUGCUGGGUUUUGUGUUAGAACUCUUGUUCUUGAAUAUUUAUAUUAUGAUAUUCAAUAUUUAUUUAUAUUAUAUUUAUAUAUUAUAUUUAUUUUUGUCUCCAAAGGUAGUCAUAGCUGAAGGGUGGUAGUGGGGACGAGCUCCCACUGCUAAACAAAUACUCUUCAUGGCGUGCGUCUCAAACAGCCUCUGGCAACCAAGUCUGACUCCUGGCCUUCACGUGUGGCAUAAUUCUUAUGCCCGGUGGAGCUGUUCUCACUGAAAGGAGAAGGGGAAAAGUUGGACCAAUGGCGCCUUAAACCCAAUUGCUCUGGGCAGAUGGGGCUCCUUAACCACGGAUGGUAGCUCAUCUUGGAGAGGGAAAACGCCAAUUUAAAACCACCGCUGCCUUGCGGCUAUACCCACUCACAGGAAAGGCUUUGGGAAUAAACCCCGAGGAAAAAUCUGGAGUCGGAGUCCCGAAGGCGGCUGACUGCUGUACCCAGCACCGGCACGGCAACUCCUGCGAUGCUGCUGGCACCAAACUGUAUCGAGUUCCGUCGUUCCUCUGGACCUGUUGUCAGCUUGGAGAGGGGGGUCCCACUGCAUGGGCAACAGACGGAUCUCCAUAUCAACUCUACCCUGGCUUGCACCCUGGAGAGGCCACUCCUGGUGACUACCAGACGUGCAGUACCUAUGGUCGACCAUGACCGACGGAGGCCAAACAUAAAUGAUUUGGAUGCAUAUACACAAUGCUUGAUCAGUAGUUUUACAGAUCACAUGAAGUUAGGAAGUGUUGUUGACAGUGAAUAAAAUUAUCGUGGAAUACAAGGGGAUCUUGAUCAGUUCGGGUAUGGGGUCGAGGAGCGGCAAUGGAGUUCUGUACAGAUAAGUGCAAAGUGAUGCAUUUUAGAAAGGCAAACCAUCUUAGGAGUUAUAUAUAAGCAUGCUAGGGCACUAGGGAUUGUAAUGGAACAGUGGGGCUUAAGAGUACUCGUGCACAGCUCAUUGAAAGCACCCAUCAUAUCUAGACAGCAUUGUGAAAAAGGCAUUUAGCAUGCUAGCCUUCAGUGUGUCAGGGCAAUGAGUCUAGGAGUUAUGACAUAAUGCUGCAGUUGUAUAAGUCACUGGACUUGGCUUAAGAGGGAUAUAGGCCAAUCACAGGAAAUUCCCUUGUCAACUUGUCUUCCACUAAGCUUCCUGCUGGCACAUAUCCCUACAAACAUCAGAUAUGCUACACUUGCCCAUUUACCUUCUCGUUACCUCCAUUCAGGUCCCCAAACAGUCCUUCCAGGUGAAUACUUCACCUGAGAAUCUGUUUGGGGUCGUGUAUUCGGUGUUCCUGUUGCUGCCUCCUCGACAUUGGUGAGACCCAACCUAAAUUGGGGGCCACUUGUCGAGCUCCAAGGCUCCAUGUGCUGACAGUGGAGUUUUAUUAGCUGAAGUGUUAUUAUGCCAAUCCACCAUUCUUAAAAUUUUCUCAAGAUUGUCUCAAGGAAACAAAAUGCUUACCUUAAAAAAUAGUUAUUCAACGUUAAUUAUUUUUCUUAUUAAAAUGAAAUAAACUGCAAAAUUUAAUGCAGUAGAAUCAGAUAGUGAAAUGUAUGUUAAUUCCUUUAACCUGCUCAUUUAAUGCUAUACUUUUUUGUGCACUUGACUAAUAAUAAAGUUUUCUGAGGCAUUAUGCCUUGGUGUGCAGGAUAUGGUAAUUUUAGUAAAUACUGGUUAAUCGCUUCUAGUAUAUUUUAGAUUUCUUUUUUUUUGUCAUUACUUUCUAUCUAUAUCAUUUUUAGUUCAUCUCUUAUCGCAGUUAAUUUGAAUUAAAAAAAAAUCUUUUAUUUGAGAUUCUCAUUUACUGUUAAUAUCUGGAGCCAAGACUGAAUUAAACCUUUUCUUAUUACAGAACUUGACAAGGAUCUUGCUGCAAAAUCACUAACACUUGAAUCUGAAAAGCAACGGAGCUCCAAUAUUCAAAGUAGAUUAAGUAUGUCAAAUUACCAUGGAAGUCUGUCGCAAACAUUAUUGGGCCAAAGUUCUAGACCUCA